CAACCGGUGUAAUAACAAUUUUAAUCGUCAUCUCAUUUUUUCGAUCUCAGUACCGUACAUAGAUCUAUAUUCAUCCGUGUAAUCAAUAGUUGGGAGAUCCAGGAAUAUUAAAUUUAAUGUGCGACUUCCACCAAUUACGUUUGUUUGUGUUUACGAUAAUAAGUUACAGAUUUUAGGGGUGAACAUAGACCUCUACGAUCCCAUAUUCCAGGCUCUGAUAAUCUUAGGAAUUAUAGCAUUUUUCGUUGCCUGCACCCUCAUAAAAUUCUUCGCUUACUUGACCUGCGGAUUCUACAGAGGACCGGAAGAAAUGAAUGGUAAAGUGGUCAUAAUUACCGGUGCGAAUGGUGGCAUCGGUCUCGAAACCACGAAAGAACUUGCAAGGAGAGGAGCCACAGUCAUAAUGGCGUGCAGGAAUAUGACGACCGCGAACAAAGCCAGAGAUGAGAUCGUGAGGGUAACUAAAAACGAUAAAGUGUCGGUGAAAAAGUUAGAUUUAUCAUCCCAGAGUUCCAUAAGAGAAUUCGCAGCAGACAUCAACAAGUCCUGCACUCGUUUAGAUGUCCUAAUCCACAACGCUGGUACUGCCGAGUGGAAUUUUAGCCGCACUGAAGACGACGUAGAAACCACAAUGGCCACCAAUCAUUUCGGCCCAUUUCUGCUGACACAUCUACUAAUCGACCUCUUGAAAAAGUCUGAACCUAGCAGGAUUGUUGUGGUAGCUUCAGAAUUAUACAGGUUGGCAUCCCUGAAUUUGGAUAACAUCAACCCCACUUCGAGUAUGUUUCCAGCUUACCUCUAUUACGUAUCCAAAUAUGCAAAUAUUGUUUUCACCAUGGAAUUGGCGAAACGUUUGGAACUAACAGGAGUCACAGCCAACUGUCUACAUCCUGGUCUAAUAGACACUGGCAUCUGGAGAAAUGUCGCCGCACCACUUAGCUGGGGAUUGAGAUUGAUUAUUUGGGCAUUCUUCAAAACACCCGAGCAGGGUUGUCAGACCACUGUGUUCUGUGCUGUAUCAGAAGAACUGGAAGGUGUUACAGGUCGAUAUUUCAUGGACUGUGCAGAAAGAGGAGUUAGCAGUGGUUGCAAAAGUGAGGAUAAGGCUAAGAAGUUAUGGGAACUGUCAGAAACGUUAGCUGGUCUCAAAUCGACAGAUCCCAAAAUAUGAAUUGUUAGGUACUUGUUAUGUUCUAACAGAAAUUUUAUUUCCAGAUAAUUGUUCAAAAGCCAAAUGUUGCAUGUUUUUAAUAAAUGGUAAAAUUUUA